GGCACCCGAGUCGCGCCACGUUCGGCGACAUCGGAGGCAGCGAGGGCACGGAGAACCGGCGGAGGCGAGGCCCGCGACCCGGAGGAAGCCGCGCGCGGCCCGAGGCCUCGGACCCUGAGCCCCACGUUCCACGGCACCAUGGCCCCAAAGCUGCUGUUGCUCCUCUGCCUGUUCUCGGGCUUGCACGCACGAUCCAGAAAGGUGGAAGAGGAUGAAUAUGAAGAUUCUUCAUCAAACCAAAAGUGGGUCUUGGCUCCAAAAUCCCAAGAUACAGAUGUGACUCUUAUUCUCAACAAGUUGCUGAGAGAAUAUGAUAAGAAGCUGAGGCCUGAUAUUGGAAUAAAACCCACCGUAAUUGAUGUUGACAUCUAUGUUAACAGCAUUGGUCCUGUGUCAUCAAUAAACAUGGAAUACCAAAUUGAUAUAUUUUUUGCCCAGACCUGGACCGACAGUCGCCUUCGGUUCAACAGCACAAUGAAAAUACUUACUCUGAACAGCAACAUGGUGGGGUUAAUAUGGAUUCCAGAUACAAUAUUCCGCAAUUCCAAAACUGCAGAGGCUCACUGGAUCACCACCCCUAAUCAGCUCCUCAGAAUUUGGAAUGAUGGGAAAAUCCUUUACACUUUAAGGCUCACCAUAAAUGCAGAAUGCCAGCUGCAGCUGCACAACUUCCCCAUGGAUGAGCACUCCUGCCCGCUGAUAUUCUCCAGCUAUGGCUACCCCAAAGAAGAAAUGAUUUAUAGAUGGAGAAAAAAUUCGGUUGAGGCAGCUGAUCAGAAAUCCUGGCGGCUUUAUCAGUUUGACUUCAUGGGCCUCAGAAACACCACAGAAAUUGUGAAAACAUCUGCAGGUGAUUAUGUUGUCAUGACUAUAUAUUUUGAAUUGAGUAGAAGAAUGGGAUACUUCACUAUUCAAACAUACAUUCCUUGUAUACUGACUGUGGUUUUAUCCUGGGUAUCAUUUUGGAUCAAAAAAGAUGCUACACCAGCAAGAACAGCAUUAGGCAUAACCACAGUGCUGACCAUGACCACACUCAGCACCAUAGCCAGGAAAUCCUUGCCUCGUGUUUCCUAUGUGACAGCCAUGGACCUCUUCGUGACCGUUUGCUUCUUAUUUGUCUUUGCUGCUUUGAUGGAGUAUGCUACCCUCAACUACUAUUCAAGUUGUAGAAAACCAGCUAGCACUAAGAAAAAGACAUCGUUACUAUAUCCAGAUUCCUCAAGAUGGAUUCAUGAACGCUUAAGUCUACAAGCCCCCUCCAACUAUUCUCUCCUUGAUAUGAGUCCACCACCACCGGCAAUGGUUACCCUAAACAAUUCCGUGUACUGGCAGGAAUUUGAAGACACCUGUGUCUAUGAGUGUCUGGAUGGGAAAGACUGUCAGAGCUUCUUCUGCUGCUAUGAAGAAUGCAAAUCAGGAUCUUGGAGAAAAGGGCGUAUUCACAUAGACAUCUUGGAACUAGACUCAUAUUCUCGGGUCUUUUUCCCUACAUCGUUCCUGCUCUUCAACUUGGUCUAUUGGGUGGGAUAUCUGUAUCUCUAAAUUUUCCUCCUGGUGAAAAAUGAAGAGUGUUAGGUUUCCUUCUAAACUUUGGCCCUACCCAGACCAAUAGUGAUCAAUUGGAGUAGCAAGGAAAGAUACUACUCAGUUUAUCUGAAAUUAUGUAAUACCUUUGAGCAGCGUAGGAGUAUGUGGCAAAUAUUUCUAUUAUGUAUUUCAGGCUCACACAAACAUGCGAGCACACAAACAGGUUAAUUGAGUUUUAAAGUGAUAUUCUUGUUAAUUCUUACUGAAUCUGUAACGUGGAGAUAUAUUUUUCUGGAUAUUGGAAGCAGCUGCGAAUUUUCCUUGUGAAGAAAUCUGUGAAAUCUACAAGCAAAUAUCUGAGAAGCUCUUAGGCCCGGCCCCUUUCUGUAUCUUUUCUUUGCAACCGUUGGCAGCACCGGUGUCCAUGUAUGCGAAGUCACUGCUGGCCAAGAUACACUCUACUGAUCUCAGCGCCCAGGCAAUCUGAGUUCAAGUGUGAACUGCAGUGAGUUACCACCCAGUUUCCUCUCUCUGUGGCCUCUUUGCUCUGGCACCAUCUUCACUGGUUGGCAUUCUUUAAUAACUUCACCCUAGGCUUGGGAAGGAUGUAUAUGCAUUAUCCACAAGUUUUCAGUUGAGAAAAAAAAUGAAUUUUCAAAAUUCUCAUGUAGCUAAAGUCAAAGAUGUUUAUCUUUGAACACCAGUAGUUCAACAUUUUACCUUGAGUUGUGUUUUACUAGACGAAGGUGAACCCCACAGUAUAUGCUAUUAUGAGUUCAAUGAUUAUCUUUCAAAGAUGGGUAUACAGCAUUCAUAAGCCAUUGUUUUGACAUUGCUUUCCAGUGUGUGAAAGAAGUGUACAUAGAAUUUUUACAAAAUUUUCUUAGUGAAUAUUGUUUCAAGUGAAAUCAACUUUAGAAGCAAAAAAAUGGGUAACGGUUAUCAUCAAUGAUACAUUUUGAAGAAAAAAUUAUUUUAUACUUUGAAAUAUGGAUAUGUAGCAAGAAUCCAAAGGAAAAAAAACCUUGAAAUUAUUACUUUUUUGAUAUUUUUAUAACACAAAGCCAAGUUGCUUCUUGAUGUUAGUUCUUUGUUAUAACUGGCUGCUAGUAUGUACUUCACAUGACUCUUCAGAAGCUUUCCAUCAUUGAUAGGAAAAGAAAAAGUCCUACCGGUAGGUUAACACAUAAAUAUCUGUUGGCAUUAUUAAAAAUUUCGUACUAAUUUUUUUUCCUCUUUCUCAUUCAGAAAAUUGUAUUUGUUUUAUUGGAAAUUACAUUUUAUUUUAAUUAUAUAUUUGGACAUAUAUUACUCAGAAAAAAGAUAAAACAUUAUGAAGAUAUAGAAAAGAUAUAGAAAAGUGCUAAUUUCAUACACUUUACUGAAUGUAGACGAUACACAGAAAAGAUGAGUGGAAAAGACCAGAAAAAGUUGAAAUUAGUCUAUUUGUAUGAACACUGUUUAGUAUCAAGUGAAUGCAGAUAUACUGAUAUAUUUAUCAUGCAGUUUUCAAGGAUGUCUAUAUAAUGUGAGAUACUGAGUUUCUUCCCGUCAACUUCCUUCCUGCCAUUUGAUGUUUUAGUUGCUACAUAGGCCACAAGCCAGUUGGCUUUUAUUUAGAGAAUCCAAUUUAAAACAUAAAAUAACAAUGAGUAUUUGUAGAGAAACAGUUUGAACUUAUUGGCCUAAAUGAAAUUUCUCUUCAAUUGGAGAAUUUUACCUAUUAGCAGUCUCACCCUAUCCCUAAUACAUCAACCUCACACUCAUCCACAGAGGAGGGCUCUGGAGGUGUCCUGACCAAAUUCCACUCAAGGAGGGCAGCCCAAGUUGUUCUCAAACACAGUUCCCUACUUUAUAACUUCUAACAGUAUGAAGACUUUCAAUCUAUUCUUUCUUAAAAGAAGUUCUGGAGGAGACAAUUUGCCAGUGAAAUUCUGGGGAAGAAAAUAACCUAAAAGCAUUUUUAUAACAUAUAUUUAUUCCAAUUAUACCUUCAGAAAUGUUUACUGAUGCUUCUCGUUUCAAGGCCAUUCAAUAUUUAAGCAUAAUUGGCAACUCUUAUGAAAUUAUAUGUAUAGCAUCAUCUCUGUUUUCUGAAUCCAACAUUCUCUCCUCUCCAACCUCAGUCAUUCUACUGAUCUAAACACACCAGUGUACUAGUGUUUAUAUAUAUAUAUAAGUAUGAAAUUUAAUCUUCAAUUUCUUUCUGUAAAAAGAAAAUGAAUGACUCAGGAUAAGCAUAAUUGGAUGUAAAUGUACAUUGAAAUGUUUACUAUUAGAAUUGAGAACCUGAUCACAUUAAAAAUAUUCAGAGAAGUGCAUGUAAAUAAGAGGGAAAGUACCAGAUUGUGAACACACUGUAAAUGUAAAAUUCACAAUUUUCUCUUGAAGCCCCUUUCUAAUUGUCCAAAACUGAGGAAGUGUGUAAUGUGUACAUUUUUUUCCUCAAAUAUGCCUUAGGAAGCUUCAGGUUCACACAGUUUAGCAGUUACCACUGCAUUGAAUAAUCACAUCAGAAGAGCCAAAAAAUAAAAGUUCAGGCUAAGUGACAGACCCCUUUCUCAUAUUCCUUGGUGAUUUACGUUUUACUAUAAAAAAAGGUUUUUAUUAUUAUGGGGAGAAAACACGUAUAUGUUGAGAAAAUAAGAAAACACCUCAGUCAGUCAUAGCUCUUGAAAUAUAAAACCAUGCUUUUAAAAUAAAAUGUCUGAUAAUCUUUGAAGAUUAGACAGGGCAGUUCCUCUCCCUUUAAAAUUUCUUGUGAUUACAAAUUAGCAAUUCCAGGAUAUAAGCCUGGUCUUCUUCUAUUCAGGCCAAAAUGGAGAAUGUUUCCUACUUUUUUCAAAAUGUUCUCUAGUUAAAUGAUGCUUUGGUUUUUAAUGUGAACAAAACAUUACUUUGCUCCCAUACACACUAAAUUUUUUUAUAUCAGUGCUAAGAAAGUAGCUGAACAUACACUAACAAGUCUGCAAUGUUUUGAGUUAACCAAGUUGUUUUUUUGUUUGUUUUUUGUUUUGUUUUUUUUUUUUGCGGUACACGGGCCUCUCACUGUUGUGGCCUCUCCAAUUGCGGAGCACAGGCUCCAGACGCGCAGACUCAGCGGUCAUAGCUCACGGGCCUAGCUGCUCCGCGGCAUGUGGGAUCUUCCCGGACUGUAGCAAAACCCAUGUCCCCUGCAUUGGCAGGUGGACUCUCAACCACUGCGCCACCAGAGAAGUCCAACCAAGUUGGUUUUUAAAAUUUUAUUAUAUAAGAAAAUGAACUAGAAGAUAAUUAGGAAGACAAAAGACAAGCAUGCACACUCACAUACAUAAAGCAACACUAUAUGAAUGUAUCAUUCAGAUAAUGGGAGGGAAAUGUAAAUCAUUUUGAUUGCGCUAUUCAGAUAGUCACCUACCUCCACCACGUCAUUUUUUUUGCAUUUGUAAACACAACAGUUUUCCUAGCCCAAUGGGCUACUCUACAACGUGAGGGUGAUAGUGGUUUUUGCAGGGAAGUAUGGUCUUCUAUCAAUAAAACUGCUGAACAAUUUAAACUGUGUAGGUUGGAGAGAGUGAAGACUGAGUGCCAAUAAUCAAAUCCUCCAGACUCAGGAAGUGGCUGCUAUAUUUUCUUCUUUACUAGUUAUUUGGAUUCUAUUUUUCCCACUUAUCAGUUUUUCACAAAAUACAAUACUAAAGUUCUCAUUUUCCAUUAAAAAGUAGAGGAACUUACUGUCAGACUGAUUUUUCAGCCUCAAAUGAUGAGUGCUUUGAUUUAGUUAGUAUUUAUUACAACAGGGUUUUUCACGUGCUAUUCAUGUUUACAACAGGAAAGUUUUGGGCUGUCAGCUUUGUCAGCUGACAGGUGAAAGCCCCUCAAUAAACAGAACUGCACUUCAGUCACUUCGACGAGAUCCGACCACCCUAUCACCUAACAGUUCCAGUCAACUCGUCCACCAAUCAGCUAACUGCCCCAUUUAUUGAGUUCGUGCCCUGGUUAGAACAGGAGGGCUCGCGAAGCUUACAGAGAGGUUAAUAAAAAGAAAAAGAGAGGCUUCCCUCGUGGCGCUGUGGUUGAGAGUCCACCUGCUGAUGCAGGGGAUGCGGGUUCGUGCCCCGGUCUGGAAAGACCCCACAUGCCGCAGAGCGGCUGGGCCCCUGAGCCUAUGUAUCUGGAGCCUGUGCUUCGCAACGGAAGAGGACACAACAGUGAGAGGUUCGUAUAGCACAAAAAAAAAAGAGAGAAAAAGCUUCAGUUUGAAGUGACUUUCAAUGUAAUUAAAAGAUAAGUAUUGAUAGAAAAUUCGUAAUUUGCUGACGACCUUUUUAAGUUGGCAGCAGAAUGAUAGGAUUUUAGAAGAAAUAAAAUAUGCUACAUCAGCAUUAUCAUCAUCAUCAUCACCAACAACUACAACACCAUCAACAUCAUCAUCUAUGUCCUUUUUCAUGUUCCAUGCUAGUCUUUAGCUAUUCCUUCAGCAGAAAGGUUUAUGUCUUUUCCAAACCAUAACACAAUUAGAACUUAAAAAUGGAAAAGUUUGAUUUCACUUUAAAUAUAAAAUAUGCAGAUCAUAGUUCAAAAUUUUGGUCGCCGUAAACAUUUCCAGAGCGUCUCUUUGUCCCAGAAGUCCUAUCUGUCUACACUGCCUCAAAUCAGAAUUUAAAAUGAUUCCUUAGGAAGAUAUUUCAUCUAAUUUUUCUUUGGUUGCUUUUGGGCUUUUAUUGUUUUGUUUUUUGUUACUGCUUUUACUGCAUUUGGCUUUUUAAUUCCUUCUCAAGAAGUUACAUUUAAAUUGGCUAAGAGCUCUUUUCCCAAAGAAGAACACUCUGUGUACACCUCAAAUUGUGUUAGCCCAUGAAGAAUAUCAAUACGCUUCUUGUUACACUUGUUAGGUCUAACAAGUCUGAUAUACCUUGGAAUUUUUACUUUUGGAUAGAAAUAGACACAGGUAAAAUAUAUUGAUGAAAUUUACAGUAUUAUACAUUAGCUCUUCAGAAUAACUCUAUUAAAACAUUUAAAAGGAUACUUUCAAUCAUUCUUGACCUUCAAAAUGAUUAGUUUUGUGCUAGUGAACCAUGUUUACACACGUAUGUAUGUGCAACUACAUGGUAUGUUUUUCUUUACAAGCUGCUCCUGGAUUAAAUGAAAUAUUCAUUCUUCACAAAUGCAUUCUCUCUGGAAGAUUCUAAGAGAGCAAUAAUUUUCAGGAAUUAGGCCUGGGUUGUCUUGUGAAGAGUAAGAGGCAAUCUUGUGUUUACAUGCAGUGAUGUGUGAAUUUGUGUCCCCAUUACAGUGGUAAAACUGGAAAACUUAUUAGCGUGUGUAUUACUCUAAUUGUAUUACCCCAAACAUAGUUGAAAUGAAGAGGAGCACAGUUUCUUAAUAAUAGCGUAUUAGCUUCUUAACCAUUUUCAGGAAAACACAGACAGAGGAACUGACAAUAUAUUUCCUGGAAGAAUGGGACCACAUUCUUUCUUUAAAAAGAAAAUCAAAUUUAAUACCUGAUCAGAAGUUGUUUUGGAGUCCAAACAAACCUGCAUUUUACUAAGAUCAUCACUUUUUCACUAGGGUGCACCUGAGUGAUUCUUUGGUCAUUUGUGCAUUGUGGUCUAUUUUAACUGAUAAGCCAAAAGUAGUUCUUCAAGAUGUAGGUUGCAUAUAGUCACUGUAGCGCUUGUUUAGGACACAGCUUUCAUGUAUAAUGUGAGAGAGCACCAGGUCUAGUGUGAACUGUGCCACGUGUAAGAGCCGUAGUGUGCAGUCUUCUCUUUUUGAAUCUUGCAUGUAAAGGAAAACAGUCGGGGCCCUAAGAGAUGCCUCAGGCAGAAUGGGAGAAAAGAUGCACAUGUCUGCUCUCUUCCUGUGUGGAAUCUUUCCUGCCUGUGAAUUCAUCUCCUCUGAGAUGGAUAUCAGAAUCUGAGAGCCUCUAGGAAUCUGCAUUGAGUGCUCAGUGUAGAGGAGCCUGACCCAGGGAGGGGAGGCGCCUUGGACAAAUGUGUGUGCUGGUCUUUUUCUAGGGAAGUGGGCUGAGGACCAGGUCAGGGUCUCCACCCUCAUCAAGUGGUUUCACACAGUCCUUGCUCUACUGUCGUCCUAUGAGGGACUGGAGGUUUUGACUCUUGGCCCCAUGUCCUGCUGUCCUCCUCCUCUCUGUCAAGGACGUGACUCCCUGCUAGCUGGGCAGCUCGUGGUGUCCUAGUGAAAAGCAGGCACUCCGUGCCUAAUGUGCCUUGGCGACACGGGCAGCGCUGCGCCCCGUUUCACCGGUCUGAUCCCCGCUGUGCCCUGCUCUGGGCGGGCUGGGCCGCCCUCUGUAUUUGUAUUUGGAUUCCUACAUUUGUA